ACCCUUUUUCUCAGAGAUUUGUUGUUCCUGCUCCCAUCAGCUGCUGAUUGCUCUGUCUUAUGUCGGAGACACAUUGCUCUUAAUGGCUCGGCGUCUUUGGAGCGGCCCAGAUCCCCUCGCACCCGCGGUCUUACUCAGGUUUUACCGCGCAGUGGCACUCCAGCACUCCUAAUGACCGCUGCGGCGCCGGCGAGCAAACAGGAGCCUCAAACUACCCAUGCAAAAACUGCACGGAGCUUGUUGUAAUGCCGCGACCGCCCUUUGUCUAGCUGACAGACCCGCUUUGCGCUUUGAUAUAUCUUGAUUAUCGCGUAGCGAGUCGAAAAUCGGCGUAUUUUGCAGAUGACGGUCGCUGGACAGUUUGCACUGUGGUUACUUCUCAUGCAGAAAACAUCGUCUCAAUAACACGGCUUCGCAUUCCUCUCCUUCUCUAUUUCUGGAUAUUUUUUUCUCAUUAUCUAAAGGAAUAAAAUAAUAAAUCUAUAUUACAUCUGAAGUCUUUGCUACUCGAUCACAACAGGGGGGCCGGAAAACUAAAUCCUUUUGCCUUUUCAUCGGAAGGACGGAAGGACUGUCCCCCCAACGGACUAAGCAGGAGAAACAACGUGCUUUGAAUGUAGAGCAGACUUCAACUAAUAUUGACAGCACGGCUUUCUGCUUUUUAAGAAACAAAUUACACUGAAACCUCGUACUUUAUUUUUUUUCCUUUCUCUUUUCAUUAUUGAUAAUCAUAAUCGAACAAAGUCUACUUAAUUUUAGUGUCUUUCCGGAUUGCUUUGAGUACAGAUUGGAGCAGCACUUUGCCAGAAACUGCUGAGAAGAAACGUGGGGAAAAUAUAUAUUAUAAACGUGCCGAUGAAUUAGAUAUAUGGUCAUUUUUGAAUUAACAUUUUAAGCGAGUUAUGGCUACGUUGUAUCAAAGAUUUACCGGGAAGAUCAAUACGAACAGGUCUUUCCCCAACCCGCCGGAGGCCAGUCACCUUCUCGGCGGGCAGACUGUCGAGGAGGACAGCGCCAAGAAGACUUCCCGACCCGAGCGGGACCACCGUGCCCCUUUCCAGCGCCAAUCCAGGAGCGGAGCCGAGGAUGAGGAUGAGCUGGUGGGAGCCAACCCUCCGCAGCGGAACUGGAAGGGAAUCGCAAUCGCCCUGCUUGUCAUUCUGGUCAUCUGCUCGCUGAUCGUCACCUCCGUCAUCCUGCUAACACCAGGUGAAGAUGACAGCUUGGCACUGAAGAGGAAGGUCAACGUUGAUGACAUCUUCAGCCAGGCUUUCAAAGCGCAUGACCCUGGUGCCAGGUGGAUCAAUGGCGACGAGCUUCUGUUCCGAAAACGAGAUGGGGACGUAGUCAAGUUCAACAUCAGGACUAACCGGACGACCGUUUUAGUAGAGAACAAAAAGUUUGUAAUGUACAAAGCCAGCAAGUACGAAGUGUCCCCUGACCUGAAUUACGUGAUGCUGGCCUACAACGUCGUCCCUCUUUAUCAGCAUUCAUUCACGGCCUCAUACAUCAUCUGCAGCCUGAUCACCCCCGAGACGUGGAACCUGAACCCCCCCGAGGUGCGCCAUGCCCAGCUGCAGUAUGCUUCCUGGGGGCCUAGGAACCAGCAGCUGAUCUUCAUAUUCGAGAACAACAUCUACUACCGGGCAGACGUUUCAAGUCGAUCCAUACGCCUGGUGUCUUCUGGAAAAGAGGGAGUCAUCUUCAAUGGCCUGAGCGACUGGCUGUACGAAGAGGAGAUAUUCCAGAGCUACAUUGCUCACUGGUGGUCACCGGAUGGUGCCAGGUUGGCAUACACCACCAUCAAUGACACACUGGUACCCAAAAUGGAGAUCCCCAUGUUCACUGGCUCGGCUUACCCAACUGGGAUGGAGUACCGCUACCCCAAGGCAGGGGAGCAGAACCCAGAUAUCUCCCUGUAUGUGGUGAACCUGAAUGGACCCCUGCACACAGUGGAGAUGAAACGCCCAGAGGACCAGAGGUUUGGGGAGUAUUACAUAACCAUGGUGAAGUGGGCCACCAGCACCAAACUGGCUGUGAACUGGCUGAACCGGGCCCAGAACAUCUCCUUCCUCACUCUGUGUGAGGCCACCACUGGCGUCUGCACCAAGAAACAUGAAGAUGACAGUGAAAACUGGCUUAACAGACAGAAUGAAGCCCCCCUGUUCUCCAAAGACGGACACAAGUUCUUCUUUACAAGAGCCAUUCGUCAGGGAGCAAGGGGGAGGUUCUUCCACAUCUCAAUGUCCACCUUGCAGCCAAACUCGAGCAGCGACAGCCUGCAGUCGAUCACCUCGGGGGACUGGGACGUGACGGAGAUCCUGGGCUACAAUGAAGUCAGCCAGUCGGUAUAUUUCUUGAGCACGGAGGACGGGCACAAGCGAAGGCACCUCUACAGUGCAGAUACCACCGGCCAGUUCAACAGACGGUGCCUGUCCUGUAACCUGCCCGCCUGUGGCUAUGUGACAGCGUCCUUCAGCCGUGACAUGCAGUACUUCCUCCUGUCCUGCAGAGGUCCUGGCGUGCCCAGUACGGCUGUCUACAGGACCAUUGACCGAAUGAAGGUUCAUGACCUGGAAACGAACCAGGAGCUCAAUCAGACGCUCAGCUCCAUGCAGAUGCCGAAAGUGGAAUAUAAGGAAAUUACCGUAGACGGUCAGAGAUACAUACUGAAGGUGCUGAAACCUGCUGGCUUCUCCGACACCGCCCACUACCCCCUGCUCCUCCUGGUAGACGGAACGCCGGGAGAACAAAUGGUCACGGAGCAGUACCAAGUGGACUGGGUCACAGUUCUGAUCAGCAGUUUCGGUGCCAUCGCCAUUUCUUUCGACGGGCAGGGGAGCGGCUUCCAAGGGUCAAGCCUCCUACAGAAAGUUCACCACAACCUGGGACCUUCUCAGGAGAAGGAGCAACUCGAAGCCCUCAGAAGCUUUUCAAAGGAGACUUACAUAGACAAAACACGCAUCGGAGUUUUUGGCCAGGUUUAUGGAGGGUAUUUAAGUACCCGCUUACUAGGCGCCGAAGAUUCAUUGGUGAAGUGCGGAGGUGCUGUUUCACCCAUCACGGACUUCAGACUGUACUCAUCUGCCUUCUCGGAACGGUACCUGGGGCUCCCCAAGACAGGCACCAUGGCAUACCGGAUGGCAAACUUGGCAGACCGCAACUUACAGCUGGUAGAUAAGAAGUACAUCAUCAUCCAUCCCACUGCUGAUGAAAAAGUCCAUUUCCAGCACACGGCGACAUUUAUCACAAAGUUAAUAAAUGAAAAAGCAAAUUAUACGUUACAGAUCUACCCAGAUGAAGGGCACUUCAUCCAUAACCAGCACACCAAACAGCACCUUUCCCAGUCGCUGGUGAACUUUUUUGAAGAGUGCUUCCGGCCUCCAGACAAGCUGCCAGAGGAGGAGGAGGAGGAAGAUAGCGAGGAGGAAGACUAGACCCAUCACCACCCUGAGCACAAGCCAGUUUCUUCAGCACAAUAUGCAACAGACCCCUAUCUCCUGCUUUGCCCUCAACACAAGGUCCUCAAAACAUCUCCUUAGCACAUUUGUUCCUGGUAAACUUCUCACCUGUCCUCCAUCUUCUCCUCCUCCUCAAUGGCUCACAGAGAGCUUUGAAAAGUGUGGUUGAAAAGAUCUGUCACUUCUUGGCACCUGGAAUAGGGUUUUGCUCCUUCAAAUUCAAUGGCAUGGAAGAUGGUGAGAGAGAACAUGCGAUUUGACUGGUCGAUGAUGGUGUCGGGUCAUGGGAGAUCACCUCUAGGUCUUCUCAUAAAAUGGGAUAGCUGAGGGAAACUAAAGGGUUUCACAGCACAAGAAGGAGUGUCCCACCCCUCUGCUAGGGGUCAAUAGGAUAAAAAGAUGGAGGAAUCUUUCUAGAACUGACAGUACGUAGAAAAACGUCACUCCGUCUCCAUCACACUCAUUUCUGUUGAGGGAAAAAAAAAAACAGCACACAAAAAUACACAUUUUUCUCUGCUUGACAUUUUCACCAUGUAUGAUUGUAAAGUAGAUUUCGGGAGGGAAAAAAAUGCUAUGACUGGGCACAAACAAAAGUUUGCAGCUGGGACCAGAUACAGAGACCGACAGACUUUAGGGAGACGAUUUUUCAGCAGUUUUUAAUUUUGCGUCGUACGUCCUUAAAACAGCUACUGAGAGCCUAGAGAGAGUGUUUAGUCACCGUGCCUUACUUUUACAGCGACACCACUCCCAAGGACUCCCGAGAAAGUUCCAGAUGUUUUAAACAAUCAACCUGGAGGAAAGAUAAACAAUUUGUAUUUGAAAAACCAACCAUGUCCUCAGAAUAUUUUAAGCUAACCACAGCUAACAUUCAGUAUUACACCACCAAGUUCUCACAAAGCUGUACAGUGUCUUUGUGUAGAAUUCCAGUAUUUACAUUUCCAAAUACAGUAUAUAUACAUAUAUAUUAAAAAUGUCUGUGUUUGUAUAUAAUUGAGAUGUAAUUCUACAGGAAUAGGUUUGUAAUUUUUCCCAUUUUAAAGUAAUUACGGUAAGUUCCUUCCUUGCAGUUUUCCUUUGGAAUGCUAAAGAAAGUUUGAUCCUUUUUUAAACUUGUGUUCCGCGUAGACCUGCAUUUUUCCUAGUAUGGUCUGUGGAAACUCAUCUGCUGCAGUAGACCUGUUAUUUGCCAUUUUCGGUGUUAAUUGUUCAAAGAGCAUUCUGGAGAAUUGUUUUUUUUUUGUUUUGUCUUUCUGUUUUGUGAAAAUAAUGCCACUGUAAAUUUGACAGUGCCACAGGUGAUGCGGAUUAAGUGGUACUGCACCCACAUUUCCUAUAAGGAUGCGAGUACUGUACCACUUUUAGUGUGGCAAUUCAUGUUGCCUGCUAAACUGGAAGAGUUUAAAUUAAAAGAACAAAAAAGUUAAGUAUGGCAUGGAAGUCUGAACUGUCAGAAUAAAAGUUAUUUUGCAAUCACAA